GUUUAAAAUUCAACUGCUGCCUUUGCACUUCACCGGAAAAAUUAGCCGCCACCCACCUCUGUCCAGGCAAUCCCUUUGCGCCGCUCCUGAUCUGAUCUUGAAGCCUUGCCUCCAUGAAGUCAUGGCGGGAUUCGAGUGUGAUUUCCCUUCAAUUACAUCGUCUGGCCCUCUAAAUCUGUCAAAUUACCAUGUUGAUGCACUUCCAGGUGAGCAUGACGGGGAUUCUUCACUGCCGGGGGACACCUUUGGUGCUGUACUCCAGUACCUGAAUCAAAUGCUGAUGGGGGAAGACUUGGAGCAGAGGCCUUGCAUGUAUCAAGAGCUUUCGGCUUUACAAGCUGCUGAGAAAUCCUUCUAUGAUGCCCUCACUGGAGUGGAGAUUAUUAAGGUGGCUGACGAAAAGGAGAAAGAGAGGGACAACUUUACAAAUGGAUCAGCGAGAAAAAGAAAUCAUUAUAGACAAGAUGAUGAGCAUGUAGAGGCAGGGAGGGCUACAAAGCAAUUUGCCAGUUAUGCUGAAGAGCCAACUGAGAUUUUCGAUGAGGUGCUGCUUUCCUCGAGCUCGAACGCUGGUUCUUGGGAUUUGUCUUACUGUGAUGCAAAACCAGGAAGAUGGAAUAACCAGCAGAUUGGCCUAACCCAAGAGCCCAAACGAGGGAGGCCUCGUGCUAGUGAGAAGAAACUGACUAUAAGGGAAGUGGUUGAUAUGAGAAGCCUCCUUACUCAAUGUGCACAAUCCAUAUCAGACUUUGAUAAUCGAACUGCCAACCAAUUGCUGAAUCAGAUUAGGCAACACUCUUCUCCUCAUGGUGAUGGUAAUGAAAGGCUGGCUCAUUACUUUGCUGAUGCCCUUGAGGCACGCGUUUCUGGUAUGGGAACAACUAUGUAUACAGCCUUUUCUACGAGAGUGUCAGCAGCAGAUACAUUGAAAGCCUAUCAGGCAUAUAUCUUGGCAUCCCCCUUCCGGAAAAUGUCAAACAUUCUUACUGGGAAGUCAAUUUUAAAACUGACUACAGAAGCAAGCCAAAUUCACAUAAUUGAUUUUGGUAUUCUGUAUGGAUUUCACUGGCCCUGCUUUAUCCAGGCUUUAUCGAAGAGGCCCGGAGGGCCCCCAAAGCUUAGCAUUACAGGUAUAGAUCUUCCCCAACCGGGCCUUCGGCCAGCAGAAAGAGUUGAGGAAACUGGACGUAGGCUUGCCCAUUAUUGCAAGAAAUUCAAUGUUCCGUUUGAAUAUCAUGCUAUUGCAAGGAAAUGGGAAACCAUUAGCCUGGAAGAACUGAAGAUUGACAGAAGUGAAACAGUCAUAGCAACUUGUUUGUACAGGCUGAGGAAUGUUCCUGAUGAGACAUCAGUUACAAGCAGUGCAAGAGACACCGUUCUCCACUUGAUCAAGAAAAUAAAUCCUGAUCUUUUCGUACAUGGAAUCCUUAAUGGAACAUAUAAUGCUCCCUUUUUUGUCACGCGGUUUAGAGAGGCACUACAUCAUUUCUCCUCUCUGUUUGAUAUGUUUGAUAAGACCUUACCACGCCAAGAUCAAGAUAGGUUGGUGUUUGAGAAAGAAGUCCUUGGGAGGCAGUCUAUCAAUGUCAUAGCAUGUGAAGGUACUGCGAGGAUUGAGAGGCCAGAGACAUACAAGCAAUGGCAAGCGAGAAAUGAAAGAGCUGGAUUCAGGCAGAUUCCAUUGAACAAGGACAUUGUCAAAGAAGUUAGGGCCAAGGUGAAACUGCAGUAUCACAAGGAUUUUCUGGUGGAUGAGGAUGGCAAGUGGAUACUGCAGGGCUGGAAGGGGCGAGUUAUCUAUGCACUCUCAUAUUGGAAGCCAGCUCACGAGUAAUGAGGAAUCCUUCCUGUUUAUCACAUAAGCAUGAAUGCUGGUUAAAAUGUUUGGCAAUUGAUAAAUAAAUACCUCCUUAGCAAUCUACAUGUAUUCUAUAAAAUUAUGCAAGGAAUUGGUAUGUCUAAGUUUUACUGUUCAAAUUUAUUCAGUGCCACAGAAAAUUGGUAUUAACCUGUGAAUAAAUCAAGGUGAAAUCCAGGACUAAUAGUCUGUGUGAAUAUCACAUUAGAAAUUCUUAUACUCUUGUGUCAAUAUCACAUCAUGAACAAUGUAUUUUCUCCAUAUAGCCAUUGUUGCAAUAUCCAUCAUCAUAUGAAAGAUGUUUGGAAGAAAGGCAGCCAUCUGAAUUCAACUGGCUUA